AUGGAGCCGCUCGAUGGGCUUGACGAUGUAGACUGGACACUUCUCAGCCAUGCAUAUGGACCCGCACUCGAUGUCCCCGGCUUACUCAGACGUUUGGCCUCGCCAACCAUUACCGCAGAUGAGCUUGAAUUCGUGUUGGAAGAGUUUCAAGGCAUGUUUUCCCAACUGUGCACACUUUUUUCGUCAACCCUAGCUGCUAUCCCAUUCUUCCUCGCUAUCCUUCACGCUUCCACCACUUCAAACCACGUCCGGUCACAGAUUCUGAAUCUGCUUAUCCAUGCCAUAGUCCCCGACCCCGCCCCUCUCCCCGCAUGCAAAGUUGAUAUAAAAGCGCUUCGCGACAGAAUCCACAAACUCGGGUCGCCGAGGUUCGUAGAAAAGCACUGGCAAGAAAGAUACAACACCGAUGAUGUCCCCGACGAAGUAGCACGUCAAAAGCACGAAGAAGAUCUAGUCUGGAGGAUGGAGGAUGACUUCUUGCGGCUUCGCGCUUAUGACGCUAUCGCUAUUGGCAUACCCAAAUAUUGUACCCUCUUAAACGACUCGACCGCCAGCCCUAGGUUGCGUGCAAUGGCCAUAUUCGCUCUCGCUUGGUUCCCAGACGAAAUCGACGCAAUUCAACCCUCCCUCUUCGAUGUCCUUGACCAGGAGCAAAUCCCUAUAGUCCGCGCAACGGCGUGCAUCGCACUUUCGCUCCUUCAAGCACCACAAGCCUCUGAGACUUCAUCAAAGAGAAUGAAUGACACCGCCAUAUCUCGACGACUUCUAGCUCUCUUUGACGAGAAUGGUGUUCAGGACGUCAUCCGUUUUUCGUGCGCUCUGGGUCUCGCGUUUGCUGGAAUCGCGGAAGAGAAGCACAUCGUAGAGCUUCUGCGGAAAGUGACAGACAAAACCUAUUUGUAUGAACACGACCCUCGAAAUCGGUACUACCGUUACUCUGAGGCACUCGACUUCCCUUUUGUCUUCUCCUUGACCCGUGCCGCCAUGCACCCUUUAAAUGCAAUCAAAGGCUGCGACCAUCCCUAUGUCCCCUUAGCUCUCGCAAAAGCUUUGGUGUCCCAGUCAUCAGACGUGUCGCCAUUCGAAUUGAUUUUCACCACGAUGACAAUCGCAUUCGAUGGUCGUUGUCCCACCAAAAUGCCCCCGUUUGAGGAGCUUACGGAGCUUCAAAAGACCGUGAUACGAGCACUCGUCCAAAUUGAAGACCUAACUUGGAGCCGGAAGAUAUUGCACAAGUGGGGUCUUCCUUCAGAGCCGAAGGAGUUAAAGAAAUUUACUCAAACGGAAAAGAUUGUUAUUAUCUUCCCUCUCAACGUGGUGGUUGAAAGUGGGCCUAUGCUCUCAUUUCGUGGGUCAAUUGUCGUCCGCGGCGGAUUAAAACGAGGUCUGGCGACCGGAGCGUCGUCGUUCCGCAUCCCGCUUAUCGACUUUUCAAAGUUUCAACACGGUUCAGCGGAAGAUAAGAAGCAAACAGCAGACAAGAUUGUGGGGGCGUUCAAGGAGAGCGGGUUUAUAUACCUUUCCAACCAUGGGAUCCCAGCGUCGGCUGUUGAGAACGCCUUCGCUAAGAGCACAGAGUUCUUCCGCCUCCCCUCAGAAACCAAAGACAGGCUCGCAUGGGCUGAUCCACGGUCUAACCGUGGCUACGUCCAGAUUGGCCGUGAACGAGUAACGCAGGCCAGCGACGCUGCCGAAAUCGCCGCUCUCCGCGCCACGGCCCCCGACUGCAAAGAAACGAUGGAGAUUGGACGCGACUGGGACUCUGUCUGGCCGAACCAAUGGCCUGCCGAAUCCGACGCGCCGUUGUUCAAAUCCACCAUGCUCAGCUUCUUCAACGACUGCCAUGUCCUGCACACGAAAGUUUUGCGCGCAAUUGCGCUUGGUUUACGGCUUGACGAGGGGUUCUUUGAAGACAAGAUUCACGAACAGAGCCACAAUUUACGGUUGCUGUCGUACCCCCCGAUAAAACGGGCGUUGCUGGACGGGGAAGGGCAAGCGCGGGCCGGGGCACAUAGCGAUUAUGGGACGAUGACACUGUUGUUCCAAGAUGAUGUGGGUGGUUUGGAGGCACAAAAUCCACAUACUGGCCAGUUUGUCCCCGCAGCGCCGAUUCCCGGAACCAUCGUCGUGAACGUAGGCGACCUUAUGCAACGCUGGAGUAACGAUGUUCUUCGGUCAACCCUCCAUCGCGUGGUUGCACCACCUGCGACACCGAUAAACGCCAACGAGGCAGUCACAAGAGAAAGGAAGAGCAUCGCGUUCUUCUGUAAUCCCAACUUCACCCAAGAAAUAGCGUGUCUACCGAAUUGUGGGGCUCCUAAAUACCCUGCAGUCAGCACUGAAGAAUAUAUUGUUGGACGGCUGACGGCCACCUACUCAUAG